AGUAGCAGAGCUGAGAUGAGUUUGGAUCUGACCAUCUACAAAAGGGAAGUACCUAAGCCUUAUGUUCCGACAGAGGAGGAAAGAAGACUACUCAAGGAAUGUGCUGAAGAGAGUUUCACAUAUAGAGCUUUUCCUCUGGCUGCAGUGAGCAUGCUUGGUACUAGUUUCUUAAUUAGAAAAGGUGUUCUAAGAGAUAGCUCAAGACUUGGCUCUUUUAUUAAAGUAGCAUUUGCUGGAAUGUGUGGAUACCUGGCUGGAAAGAUAUCCUACUUGCCAAUCUGUACCGAGAAAUUUAAGAAACUGAAGGAUUCCCCAAUAGGAGAUGUUCUACGACAAGCUCAGAGACAUAGUUCACCUAACCGUUCCAGUCGUAAAUCUGAAUUUUCAGACACACCUUCUCAGUCAUUUGAGUCAUCUUCUCCAAGAAGUGGAUUCCCACCUUCUUCUAGCUAUUCAGAUGAUUACAGCUCAACAGAUAGAGCCCUCUCAAGUUAUGAACCUAUUCCAUUCAGUGCUUCUCUGAAUGAAUCUUCACCUACAGGAAUUACUGAUUACACCAUUCAAGAACCUGCUCCAGUUCCAGAAGAAACUCGUAAAAAAAAAGGCAUCACAUAUGAGGAAUUAAGGAAUAAACACAGACAGACAUAUGAAGUAAUGCAACCACCAAAGGCAGAAACUCCAAGCAAGUUUCCACAGGAAAAACCAGCUAAGGAAGUUAAAGUAAAUAAAUAUGGAGAUACCUGGGAUGAGUAAGAAUCAGAUGAAGAACUGAAGAAAAUUACCUCCUCUCAGCUAACUUGAACUUCAAAUAGAUUAGUCAUGAGUAUCAGCACCUUUGGUGUGCUGCGCCAGACACAACUAUUAAUAAAUGAGGAGAAAAUCCUGACUUGCCAGAAGAUUAGAAAAAUGUAUUUAUGCUUAAUUUUUUUUAAUUUUGCAUAAAUGAAAAACAAGGCUAUUAUCAGGUGUCAUGACUAUAAACCAUUUAUGCUGUUGUUUAAGAAUGAGAAGGGUAACUGGUAAUGAGAACAUGUAGCAUAAGGUAAAAAUACAUGUAAAUAAAUGCAAUCCCAUGUGUCGAGAAGGGAAGAAUAUCAGAAUCUUCUCAAAUUUUCAAGACUUGCAUUAAAAGUUAGCUCUAGAACUCAGCCUCUCAUUUCUUUUGUCUGAAAAGUGAUAUGCUGGGAAUUUGAAAUUGUUGUUACACUUGGUUUGUAAUGUCAGAAAUACUACUAAACUGUUGAGGGGAAAAGGGUUGAAGAGCUGAACCAGAUACUGAAGUAGCCAUAACUUUUUCAAAACUGUUUCAUGGUGCCAGUUGUAUUUUCAGACUGAUAUUCUGACUUGCCCGCAACAGGUUUCUACAGACAGUCAUUUAUGAAAAAUAUAAUUGCAUGAAACUGCAGGUAUUGAAAAUAGCUACAUUUAAGUGCAGAAGGCAAAACCUGACAAACUUUGGUAAAACCUUGAAUGAUAUAUUGACUGUUAAUGUUAGGCUCUGUAUAUUAGACCUUAUUUCUCAAUUUUUGCAAGUCAUGACAAAACAGCUGUGUUUAUGGAGAAAAGAUCCAAAUCAAUGGAAUAUUUUGUUACUAUUAUCUAUAAAAGAAGAGCUACAUUGGUAAAACUGAAGAGUAUUU